AUGCACAAAGCUAUGAUCACAGGAGAUAUACCACCAAAGCAAGUUGCAAACAACAAGAAGCAGAACAGCAAAAAAGCAAUCAGAGGUAAAAGUGUACCGCCAACAGGGGUUGGAGGUGAUGAUUACCAGGUGGAGACCCAAAUGGAUACAGAGCAGUUGCCCUCCCUGAAACUUACAAAAGUGAUUGGAGGUCAAGAAUUGGUAAUUUCUAUAGUAUAUGCCAACACAGAUAGGGCAACUAAAGUUACUCUAUGGAAUGAUCUUCUUCAUAUUUCAAAUAUUAUUAACUUACCUUGGUUAGUUAGGGGUGAUUUUAAUGUUCUAAUGGAUGAAAUAGAGAAAUUUAGAGAGUUAGAGAUGCCUUUUGUGGAAGUGGAGGAUUUCAAUCAGUGUAUUAAUAUGUGUCAGCUUACAAAUUUGGGGUUUAAAGGUAGUAUGUACACAUGGUGGAAUGGUAGAUCAGAUGAGCAAUGCAUUUUUAAGAGGCUAGACAAAUGUUUAGCUAAUCAGGGAUUGCAGGAUAUGUACCCAAACAUUGAAGUGGAGCACCUCAUUAAGCAGGGAUCAGAUUAUUCACCUUUGCUGAUAAAUUGUAAGGAGGAGAGCAGGGUAAUCAAAAAGUCAUUCAGGUUUUUGAAUUUCUGGAUUAAGCAUCCUACUUUUCUAGAUGUGGUGAAGGAUAAUUUGAUUGACACUUUAGAAGAGGUAGUUGAAGUUCAUGAACAGGAAUUUGAGGAAAAUCCUUCUGGGGCCAAUAGAGAGAGGUUACAAAGGGUGCAAGCUGAACUUAUCAAAUUCUAUGCAGUAGAGGAGCAGUUUUGGAAGCAGAAGUCGGGAAUGCAAUGGUUCAUGGAUGGAGACAGAAAUACUACUUUUUUUCACGCUCAUGUCCAAGGCAAAAGAAAGAAGCUAUACAUUACUUGCACUAAUUUAGUGUCAUUACCUAAGAAGAAUGAAGUGCUUGCAUUUUCAUAUUUGAGGCCUAUAAGCUUGAGUAACUUCAUUAGCAAAGUUUUCUCCAGGAUUAUUCAUGAGAGAUUGGUAAAGUUGUUACCAAAUAUUAUCUCACCUCAGCAGACAGGUUUUGUCAAAGGAAGGAGCAUUGUGGAAAAUAUUUUCCUUGUUCAGGAAAUUGAACAUGAUAUCAGAAUUAGGCGUAAACCUACCAACACAGUUAUUAAACUGGAUAUGGCAAAGGCUUAUGACAGGAUGAUCAUGGAAACUUUGACUGAUUAUGAGAAGAUUAGUCGCCAAAAAAUCAAUAAAGAUAAGAGUGUUUUAUACUUACAUCACUCUGUAUCACAGACAGUGGCCAACGAUGUGGUUGAGAAGACAAGUAUUCCUAGAAAAGAUUUACCUUUUACUUAUCUAGGAGUACCAAUAUACUAUGGCAGGAGGAGGAUUUGUCACUUUAAGGAGAUCAUUGAAAAGAUACAGAGAAGGCUAAGCUUAUGGACAGGCAAACUUUUACCUAUAGGGGGAAGCACUACUCUGGUUAAGCAUGUCUUUCAGAGCAUGCCAAUACACUUAUUGUCAGCAUGUGACCCACCUUCAGGAGUAUUUGCUCAAAUUCAUAGAUUAUUGGCUAAGUUUUUCUAG